CUGUUUUUUUUUAGCAAAUACAACACCUGCUGUUUCACUGUUUCCUAUUUUCGAAAACUGCCAGGCCUUGUCAAGAAUUAUUUGAGCUACUGGGGGGUAAUAUGGAGUUUAUCUUGGAUUGAGAGACACGUUCUAAUAAUGCCGCGUGAGGCACCUCCAAGUACCUUCUCCAAUCCAGGUGCCUGUAAAAGUAGUAGUUGAGUCGGAAAGACAGCCGAGUUCAAAAAUUAACUGAGACAGGCACGUUCGUCGAUUCACACACCAUAGCUUUCAAUGGAACCAGAAUCGGCUGUAUUGAAGGUCGUCAGCAAGACCGGUGGCAGAGAAAAGACUACCGAUGUGCCGAUAGAGCGCAGUUCCACAUUUGCUGACGUCCUGUGCCACCUGAAUGACCCCGGUGAUGGAUGCAUUGUGGAGAAGUGGAGGCACAGACACGAGCGCACUGUAGCCAAGUCGGAGCUGCCGGCGGAUCUUAUGAGACAAUGGGGUGCCUCUAACCCGGAAGUCCAGUUUCUGUACAGGGAAAAGGGGCAAGGCAGCGGUCGGAGUGCGGUUACCUCUCCGCUUCGGCGAAGUGCACGCUUGCAGACCCCAUCAAGGACUUCACCUCGCCGGCCAAUUUCUUCAACUUCUCGCACACCAUCAAACCAGGCAGACCAGAGGAGCAGCACCGCACCGAUCUCGACCGCUUCAUCGUACGCAAGCUCGAUUGCCAAGCGCCUGCGAAGCUCCCCGCAGGCGGAAGUACGGAAACUCCGGGAUCAGCUGGACCAGUGCAAUGAAAACCGGAAACGGGCAGAACAUGAAGUGGAUAAGCUCGUCUCGGUCUGUUCCUCUCAUGAGCAACAAAUUGACACAAUACGGCAGCAGAUGGUGGAAAUGCGCACUCGCUUGGCGCAGUGCAAAGAAAUAGCUGCCAGAGGUCGCUACACUGCAGCCAUAAGUACUGGAGCGAUAAGCGUAGUGCCUUCAUCAUCGUCAAGAGGAGCAUUGGCCUCGAAGCGUGGUGCUUCAUUAUCAUCGUCAACUUCAUUAGGAUCAAAACCUGGCGUUGCGUCAUCGUCGACAUCAUCAGUCUCUAAGCCCGAUGUUGCGUCGUCAUCAUCAUCAACGUCAUCAUCAGUCCCCAAGCCGAGUUUUGAUAUUGCUGGCCUUCAGCAGGAACGUGAUCGGCUAAGACGGGAACUGAAGGAUUGCCAGGAGAAGCGGGAAGCGCAAAGCGAGGAGCUGCAGGCCAACACAUCCAUUCUGCGCACCAAGCGUGAGGAGCUAGGCCGUGUGCGCAAGUCGGUGGAAAAGACGACCAGCGAUGUUCAGCUGCUGCGCCAGCAGGAAGGCAAGCAACAGGCUGACGAUGUUAGCAGUGAGAUGGACGUAACUGGUCCCGCGGAGGGAUCGGACCGCAAGCGAGUGCGCAGGUCUCCUCCCCAAGCAACAGCGUGCGACUCUGUCCCCAUCGCAACAUCCACCACUACUACUACUACUCCUAUGAGCUCGGGAACUAUACCCAAGCAGCCCGAGGAGGAGGAGGAGGACUUGGAUGCAGAAGGACAGUCUACCACUACACUUCACACUGUCAGUAGUGCUGGUAGUGCGACUGAAACGGACGGUGCUGGCUCCUCCAAACCAAUGGUUCCCGACCUCGGCGCUUCCGAGCUGCUGCCCGUUGUAUCGGAAACGUUUGGCCACGGUAGCAAUGUGAAACUUGCCGACGGUGUUCCUGUGCGUCACAUCUCUCACAUUGACUCGGUUAUCACCGGACGCCGUGGUUCGCUGAGGCGCUCAUCCAGCGAGUACGGCUCGUUCAGUCGAUCCGGCAGGCCCGGCUCGUUCUCUGCCCGCUCCAGCAUCCGCUCCAUGCGCACCGAUUCGUCCAGUCCGCUGCACUCCGACUCGUCUUUCACGCGCUCUAACAGCGAUGGACUUGUGCCAGAUCGCCAGCAGCACGCAACAGGCCCUGGAGGUUCUGUUUGGCCCAACGUUAAGACGCUAGCCUCUGGUGUGGUAAGACGUAAGACGGCCUCCUCAGCCGGCUCACUGCUUUCACUGGGCUCUGGUGAUAGCAGUGCCAUUGUGUCUCCAACAUCAUCUGGGUCAGCAAUGACAGUGACAUCACCGACGGCCGUGGCGGAAUCUACUAGCCGGUCUCCAGUGCCGAUGGCCUCGCCAAUGUCAUCUCAAUCUCCAAAUGACUCCAGCUCACUGCUUUCCCCCGGGACCCCUAUGGACACGAGCGGCAGUCACGAGGCGGUUGAGCCGAGCAUUGUGCCUGUUGCGCGGCUUGAUUCAGGCCGGGACACUGUCAUAUCACCUACGCAGCCCCUAGAAUGUAUCGUCGAGUCCGAUGACGAAGGUUCUAGUGCCAGUCGUGCAACCACGCCCCAUGAAGAAGAGGCCGUGCCCGAGCCUCCCGCUGCUGUAAAGCCUGUGAAGUCGAUUCUAAAGAGACGUCUUUCCGACAAAGAAGGCAAUAAGUCACCCGAGAUUCCAGCCGACCUCCGGAGAGGUGUGCAACUGGAUCCUCUUUGUGUGCUGCUGGACGCUGCCUUCUUCGGCGAACUGGCGGCUAUGAGAAUGGCUGCUUUGGAGGUUCGUAGUAUCAGUGCUGGUGGUAAGGAUGCUGUGACAGCCUUGCACUCGGCAGCCGUCAAUGGCUUCAAGGACUGUGUAGACUUCCUGCUCCAGUACGGUGCCGAUCCCAAUGCAAUCGACGGCGAUGGGUGGACACCUCUGCACUGUUCCGCAAGCGAGGGUAAUAUAGAAGUGUUGAAGGUGCUGUUGGAAGGUGGUUGUGCUGUGCUGACACCCACCGCUGAUGGCAUGACUCCCCUGGAAGUUGCUCUGGACAGCAAAGCGUCAUCCGACACUCCUGAAAUCUACGACGAUGUCAUUGCUCUCUUGCGAGAUGCAGAAGAAAGGCUUGGCGUUGCCAACGACAGCUGUGUGUACGCAGCCUUCCCGUACGGCGAUGGAAAAGAUUUCUUCCUGAUGCCGGUGAUACCAUCGGAUUCGGAAGGCAACGCGGCGGGCAAUGGAGCUGGCAGUGAUGAUGAUGACGAUGAGAAUGAAGAGGAACUCGAGGAAUUUACCAAGGACUUGGAAGCAGAUGAGCUUCGCUUUGGUGUGGGCGAGUGCCUGCGCAUUCUCAAGCGUACAGACAUCAAGUUCGGACAAGGGAAUGAUGAUAGUGAUGAUGAUGAUGAUGAUGAUGAUGGUAAUGACAAUGACGACACUGACAAGGGUAGAUGGUGGUGGGCCGAGCUGGCAGAUGAUCCCUCCAAGGCUGGCUUUGUACCUUGCACUCAUCUUGCUCUGUAUCCGAUCAUGAACAUGCCUCGACCUAUUUAGUAGAUCAGAGCAGGGCACUAAGCACUAUGCCUGUUCACUCGAUAGCCAUGCCUGCAGAUUGGUACUGGACUAGACAGGGCGUAUUGUCUCUCAACACGUCAGCACAGCACUUCAUUGCCACGAAGGUAUGCUCUGCGUGUUUUCGUGUUUGUUACUUGAACUCAUUCAAGGCAUAGUCGUGUCACCGGUCUCCAGUUACAACCAAGCCCGCUAGUAAAAUAUUCCCUAUAUUUCAAAGUAUUUUCACAUUGUGUACAUGUAGUUCAUUGCCAGCAUAGUCAAUAGGCACCUGGCUGUUCCGAAUAUUAUUGUGCACAGUGCGUUUUAUCCGAAUAAAGAACACAGCACUGGUGCAAGCAAUCAAACCGAAUCGUUCAUCGCUUGCCACCUGCCCAUAUCCCCCAACAUAGCGCCAUUCUGUUGCACCUGCUUGUGUUGAAGAGUGGAGUAGUUCAUGUCAAAUACACUCCACAGCGACUACCAGUACGUGCUCAUGGCAUGCACAUACGCUAACGUCAUUGCUAUUUAUCUGGCGACCCAUUUAUCUGUAGUCUAUAUUCGUAGGUAGUACCGUGUUCGCUAAACUCUUUUUUUCUUUUUUUAAAACGUUCCAUCAUGUAGCAUGAACACCUGGUGCCUCCACUGGCUAUAGUACCUGUCCAUAGUUUUUAGCUUUUCGUUUUUAAAUAAUUGUAUUCUGCACAUAUUUGCAGACCGCACUUGUUCAGAGACCGUGAUGGAUGUGCAGUGCGAUUCCCUGCUGCUUUCUGCGCACAGUAUCCACGUGCAAAUACAUUCAUGUAGGUCCACCGUGUCUGGCAUAUCUCACUAGCAUGCAUGUCUCGUUUCCUUUGCGCUUGCACAAUUCCGCCUUGCAGCCUGCAGCAUAGUCCCCGGCUCCCUGCCACUUCUGA